UUGGGAACUUGGGAUAGUCGGAAGAGGAGCUUUAUUCGAUGUCGCUGCGUAUUGCUGCGGAUGCACUGCGAAGAGCUUCAUCCACAAAGAUAUUACAUUCGCCAAAUCAAAGCCUUCGAUUCCUCUCUGGUUCGGCUGCAUCCGCCUCAACUUCGGCGUCAAGCCCUAGCUUGUCAAUAUGGCGGCGAAAGAAGGAGAUGGGUAAAGAAGGCCUGAUUGUGGCCAAAGAGCUUAAGAGGCUACAGUCCCAUCCGGUUCGGCUCGAUCGCUUCAUUCGCUCCCAUGUCUCUCGCCUGCUCAAGUCUGAUCUCGUAUCGGUCCUCGCCGAGUUCCAGAGGCAGGACCAGGUCUUUCUCUGCAUUAAGUUGUAUGAUGUAGUGCGCAAAGAAAUAUGGUACCGGCCAGACAUGUUCUUUUACAGAGACAUGCUCAUGAUGCUUGCAAGAAACAAAAGGGUGGAUGAAAUAAAGAGGGUUUGGGAAGAUUUGAAAAGAGAGGAAGUUCUUUUUGAUCAGCAUACAUUUGGAGACAUCAUUAGAGCUUGUUUGGAUAGUGGCUUGCCCAAUGAGGCGAUGGACAUAUAUGAAGAAAUGAGGCAAUCUCCUGACCCUCCUCUUUCAUUACCUUUUCGGGUGAUGUUGAAGGGACUUAUUCCCUACCCAGAACUAAGAGAGAAGGUAAAAGACGACUUCUUAGAGCUUUUUCCCGGCAUGAUCGUCUAUGAUCCUCCUGAGGACUUGUUUGAAGAUCAAGAGCACCACCAGAGUGAAGAUGAUGAAUAGAGCUCUGUUGACUAGCUUCUUGAAUUCCUUUGCCAUAAUCGGCAGUCUCAGAUGUUUGUGGCAGCUUUGCUCCUGCACUGAAUUUCUCUGACACUUGUUGAGACUUAGGAGCUGCUAUUAACGUCGAAGGAACGGUUGCAAUGUAGGAACCGGAUCAGGCGAAUCUUUUGUACUUCCAGAUGACAAAGUAUAAUUGCCUUUCUCAAUUCAAAUGGAUUGGAAUUGCUGCUGAUAACAUGGAAUCUGGUUUCGACUCAUCUUUGUUCCUGCUUUCUGGAUAAUGAUGUUACGGGUGGAAACUGCAUGC